AUGGAGGUGACGAAAGCUUGUGGAAGGAUGGAGGUGCCGGAAGCUUGUGGAAUGAUGGAGGUGCCAGAAGCUUGUGCAAAGGUGGAGGUGCCGAAAACUGGUGGAAUGAUAGAGGUGUUGGAUGCUACUGCUCAUGAUAGUAAUGUUGACGUAGAGGUUGAAGAUGUAGCUACUGCUCAUGAUAGUAAUGUUGAGGAACAUGAACCCCUUAGGUGCAUGUCAAAGACAUCUACCCUUAGUGAGUGGAAUUGGCGGGCUAAUUCAAAUAAUGGCAUUCCUGUGUCUAGUGCAGCAAUUGCUCUGUUUGAAGAUGAUAACGACACAAAUUUCGAGUUGUUAGUUAAUUACAUAGGAGUGACUGAUGAAGAGGCUACUGGACAAUUGCACCAAUACAGUGAUGAUUAUGUGAGUUUUUCAUGGUUACGAGCGUGA